AUGCUUCGCUUUCAGUUCUUUUUGUUCCUUCUUCUACCCUGGAUGGCUUCGGCUGGUCCGAUAUUUCGCUGGCAGUCCCGGUCAUUGAAGGCACCUAGGCCGACUUUUUCCCCCCUGUUGCCUAAUAUUGAACGGCGUGAACCUGGCGGGAUCACCGAAAUCACGCCUAUGGCGGGACCUACCCAGAUGCAGUUUACGUACGAGGAUCCAAUUGUAUCUAACCCUCUUCUAUACCGUGCUGCCAACCACUAA